AUGCAGCGUUCUGUGACAUCAUCCGCCACACUUCUCCGAUGGGCGAAGCCUUCGCCUACACUAUGCUCCCCCGCCGUGCGUUGCUUCUCAUCAUACGGGAAUGCCUACCAAUCAUCCAAGCGUGACAUGCAAACUGCAACCGCCUACCGUCCACACACUCUCCCUUCGUCUUUCCCGCCUCCUCGUAGCCCCAGUGGCUCAGACUCUCUGAUCUCGGCCGAUUUCCCUCUUCCUGGAGAGAGUCUACAGACCUCGCCAUCACAAGCAAAAUCAACAUCCCCCAGCACUAGCGCUUCUCGGGAAAGCGAGGCUCAAAAACCCAAACCCGCUUCGUCCACUGCCUCCAAGACCGGAAAGCCUCGUCGGCCAUUGCGAGCAAGAAAGGCGGCCAUGAAACUUUCCGAUAUGGCCACUGAGCAACUGCGCAAGCUUAUGGAUCAACCCGAGCCAAAGUUCAUUCGUGUUGGAGUGAAAAACCGGGGCUGCUCGGGUCUGGCCUAUCACCUUGAGUACGUGGAAAAGCCAGCAAAGUUCGACGAAGUGGUGGAGCAGGAUGGUGUGAAGGUUCUGAUCGAUAGCAAGGCUCUGUUCAGCAUCAUUGGCAGCGAGAUGGACUGGCAAGAAGAUAAGCUGAGCAGAAAAUUUAUCUUCCGCAACCCCAACAUUAAGGAACAAUGCGGAUGCGGUGAAUCGUUCAUGGUAUAA